AGGUAUUAAUAAAGGCUGUUGAGACUGUGAGAGCUUCAGUUCAGCAUCACUGAACUCUGAAUCUCCCUGAGUUUGCUCUGCAGAAGCAUUUCAUCUCAGGUGUAGGAGUUUGUCACUAUGAGGUUUCUGAUCUCACUGUGUGUGUCGCUGCUGAUGCUGAUGAUUAAUUGUUCUACAACUUCCGGCUCUGAUCCAUGCUAUAAUUAUACCACUCUAGAUCAAUACUGGAGAGACAUACAGCCGAAUUACUACAUUAACACAUAUGAUGACACUCUUGUUGAAUGGAGUGGCUGGUAUCGGUUGUAUCUAAGAGGAAAAAGUGCUCAGAUGUCUGAGUGGUGUAUGAGUACUACGCAUUGUGGUGGUGAAACUGGACUGUCUCUUAAUGGUUCUCAUCCACGUAUUGAAGAUGGAGUGGUGACCCGUAAAGUUGUGGGAACUAAUGCAUGGUGGUGGUUGUGGUCAUCGUCUUCUUGUGGCAGCUACAAGUCCACCUCCAUUCGAGUCAAAGCCUGUCCAGGAGAUUAUUACAUCUAUGAAUUUGUCAAACCCAAUGCAUCAAUCCCCAAACCUACGUAUUGUGCAGUUGCUUUCCAAAACAUCAGCAGUGAUCCGUGCUACAACUAUCAGUCUCUGGAUCGCCCCUGGAGAGCCAACAAUGAAAGCGUAGACAGCAUUUGUGAUUAUUAUUUCUCCUGGAAUGGCUGGUACCGGUUUUUCUACUAUGGAAUGAACAUCCAGAUGCCAGAGACCUGUGUUGGUUCAGACAGCUGUAACGCAUGGAUCACGCUGUACCUCAACGGUCCUCACCCUCGGAUAGGGGAUGGAGUGGUGACCAGGGAGGUCUGUGGAGGGACGUAUGGGACUCGCUGCUGUGAAUACAGAACAAGACCCAUCAGAGUGAAAGCAUGUCCAGGAAAUUACUACGUCUAUGAACUUGUGAAACCAGAUGUGUGGUGUGCGGGAUACUGCACAAAUAUUAGCACCGUUUCACAGCCAGUUCCCACUAUAAGUCCCACCAUAAUCACUGGAUCCAACAAUUUGAUACGUUUCACCACCCCAAGCGUCGACCCCUGCUAUAACUACAACAGUCUGGAUGAGCCUUGGAGAGCCACAAACAAUCCUUACGAUAGUAACUAUAGAAGGUGUGAUAACUUCCAGAGCUCAGGCUGGUACAGGCUGUUCUACAAUGGUCAGAGUGUCCAGAUGACAGAAUCCUGUGUUAAUCAGUACAUGUGUGGCACUUACAUCCCAAUGUGGCUCAACGGCUCUCAUCCACAGCUGGGAGAUGGAGUGGUCACCCGUCAAAUCUGUGGUUCCACAUGGACUGGCUGCUGUAAUUACAAAUCCUUCCCUAUUCAAGUCAAAGCCUGUCCAGGAAAUUACUAUGUUUAUGAAUGUCACAGCCCCUUCGACAACAGCAACACCAGCAACACUAACAACAGCAACAACAUCAAGAACACCAACAACAACACCAAGAACAGCAUCAACAGCAACAUCAACAUCAACAAGAACUGCAAUAACACCAUCAACAACAGCAACAUCAACAAGAACUGCAAUAACACCAUCAACAACAGCAACAACAACAACACCAAGAACAGCAUCAACAGCAACAUCAACAUCAACAAGAACUGCAAUGACAUCAUCAACAACAGCAACAACAACAACACCAAGAACAGCAUCAACAGCAACAUCAACAUCAACAUCAACAAGAACUGCAAUGACACCAUCAACAACAGCAACAACAACAACAACAACACCAAGAACAGCAUCAACAGCAACAUCAACAUCAACAAGAACUGCAAUGACACCAUCAACAACAGCAACAACAACAACAACAACACCAAGAACAGCAUCAACAGCAACAUCAACAUCAACAAGAACUGCAAUAACACCAUCAACAACAGCAACAUCAACAAGAACUGCAAUAACACCAUCAACAACAGCAACAACAACAACACCAAGAACAGCAUCAACAGCAACAUCAACAUCAACAAGAACUGCAAUGACAUCAUCAACAACAGCAACAACAACAACACCAAGAACAGCAUCAACAGCAACAUCAACAUCAACAUCAACAAGAACUGCAAUGACACCAUCAACAACAGCAACAACAACAACAACAACAACACCAAGAACAGCAUCAACAGCAACAUCAACAUCAACAAGAACUGCAAUAACACCAUCAACAACAGCAACAACAACAACACCAAGAACAGCAUCAACAGCAACAUCAACAUCAACAUCAACAAGAACUGCAAUGACACCAUCAACAACAGCAACAACAACAACACCAAGAACAGCAUCAACAGCAACAUCAACAUCAACAAGAACUGCAAUGACACCAUCAACAACAGCAACAACAACAACACCAAGAACAGCAUCAACAGCAACAUCAACAAGAACUGCAAUAACACCAUCAACAACAGCAACAACAACAAGAACACUAUCAACAACACAAACUGCAUUAGGAACAGCAAUAACACCAAGAAAACAAACAACAGAAACAACAACUAUUACUCCACAAAUCACAGCCACUGUGUGGAGAAGAGCAGUGUGAAAGAUCACUGUUCUGAACUCAGCUGCUCUGAGGAUGAACACUGUGGGAAGAGAAAUGGUGUUUAUGGCUGUUUAUGCAACAACAACACUCACAGCCCAAAUUCUGACUCUUUUGAUUUCUCAGAAACCUGUGAAAGCAGCUCUGGCUCCAUGUCUGUGUCUCGUUGUCAGCUCUUUGAGGCUGGUUUUUCAGCUGACAUCUUACACCUCAAUGAUCCGAGCUGCAGAGGAACGGUCCGGAACGGCAGAGUGGAAUUUCAUUUUGAUAACGAUGAACACAUCUGUGGUACAAAUCUCGUGGCCAACGGCACCCACUUCAUCUAUGAUAACUUUAUUCUGGGGACACCAAAAUCAGAAGGCCUCAUCAGCAGAGAGAAAAUUCUGAAGCUUUCUUUCAGUUGCGCUUACCCCCAAACACAAACACUUUCCAUGAAUGUGGAAAUCAACCCACUGGAGAGCAUUGUGCACAAGAGCCUUCCGGCGGGUGAAGGGAGAUAUCGUGUUCGUAUGAUUCCUUAUCAGGAUGAUGAGUUCACGCAGCCCUUCACUGGUGCAGUGGAUGCAGAGCUCGACCAGGAGAUGCAUGUGGAGGUUCGUGUUGAGGGGGUCGACAGCCGACAUUUUGCCCUGGUGAUGGACACGUGUUGGGCUACACCUGUGAAUGAUCCCAAUUAUGAUCUACACUGGGAUCUCGUCAUUCAGGAGUGUCCCAAUCCAGAUGACGAUACAGUGCAGCUGCAGCAGAACGGCGUCUCAACAUCCAGCCGUUUCUCCUUUAGGAUGUUUAUCUUCACUGCAAACUCCACUAAGCUUUACCUGCACUGUGCUGUUCAUCUUUGCCUUCUGUCAAGCAAUCGCUGCUCAACAAACUGUACCUCUGGACCGCACUGGAGAGAGCGAAGGUCUCUGGACUUCCAUGAUAGUGCUUCUAUAUCCAUGGGUCCUCUGAUGUUGUCUGAAGGAAAAACAGAUAAGUGGGUCCCAGUGCAAGUGAAGGUAUCUGAAGCUUCUUGUCUGUGUGCUUCCCUGAUGGUGUUUCUUGUUCCUCUGAUGAGUGUCUUUAUCAUCUUUUAGUAUAUUUCAACAAGAAAAUUGACAACAUUUAAGAUGCAUAUUAUCUAAUGCCAUUUUAAUGAAGGUGGCACUGAUGCCACACUGGUUGUGGGUUUCUAAAUGUUUCUUUAUUUCAUAGCAAUUAUGUUAUAUGGCAUAGUGAAUUAGUAUUUAAUCAGUUAUAUUAAUUGUUAUAUACCACUAUAUUAAUCUUAUGAUACUUCAUUAGAAGAUGUGCUAAAAUAAGAAAGGCAAUCAGAUUCAUGUUUACUCAAAUCAUAUAAAAACAUUAAAAGAGUCAUUCCUGUUCUGUGGUUCUGAAAAAUGAAUACACUUGUGUGGCAUGUGCAGGAUGAUGAUAGCAACUUUUUUUUUCUUUUUUCUGGGAGCUUCCUCUGUUUCUCUGACUGAAAAUAUAACUGUAUUGGGACUGUCACUGGAAAGAGUGCUAAAGCUGCUCAGGUCGUAUUUCUGUCCUGU